UGUAAAGGCGGGGGCGGCUGCCUCUAUAUAUCUGUCAUUCUUCUCUCUCUCUCUCUCUCUUAAGUCUUACCAUUCGCAUUGUAAAGCCGCCCAUCGACUCCUCGAGCUCGAUCGCUCGCCGCCAAGAACUACAAGCCAUGGAGACGGCGUCGGCCGCGUCCGUCCAGGGCCCCAGCGCGGCGCCGUGGGCGGACAUGGACACGGACUGCCUGGUUCACGUGUUCGGGCGCCUCGACCUGGAGGACCUGGCGGCGGCGGCCCCGCUCGUGUGCCGGGGCUGGCGCCGGGCCGCCGCCGAACCGUCCCUGUGGCGCGCCCUCGACCUGCGCCGGGACCACGUCGCGCGCUUCAUGCCCUGGGGCGCGCUCGCCGCCGCCUUCGCGCGCCGCUACGCCGUGCGCGGCUUCUCGCUCGCGGGCUUCCUCAGGAUCUGCGUGUGGCGCGCGCGCGGCUCCGCCGAGGACGUCGCGCUCCCGCCGCUCCUCGCCGAGCCGGCGCACGAGAUCGACCACAUUUCGCUCCGGUGCCCCAGGUUGCGGCGCCUGGCGCUCCCGCACCUGACGGUCGGCGACGAGGCGCGCCUGCCGGACCUCGUCCCGCGGUGGCCGCUGCUGGAGCAUCUGGAGCUGGAGACAAAGCCGUCGUCCUCCUCCUUCCCGGCGCUCGCCGCGCAGGUCGCGCUGCACUGCCCGGCCUUCGCCAGCCUCAAGACCUCGGGGGCCUUCAAGCGCGAGGACGCCGCGGCGCUGGCGCGCUCCCUGCCCAGGCUCCGCUCCCUCUGCGUCGACCGCUCCUACCUGCCCAAGGAGCAGCUUCUCGCCAUCCUCGCCGCCUGCAGGGACCUGCGGGAGUUCAGCGCGCGCAGCUGCGUUGGCUUCGACGACGAGGACGAGGAGGUGCUCAGGCACGGGGCCAGGAUCCUGCGGUUCGACGUCGGAGGGUCGAAGCUGGUGGACGAACUAGACGACGAGUUCCCCGGCGGUGGCGGUUUCUGCGACUCGUCCUACGUUGACGUGAUGUGAUCUCUGUCGCUGGUGCUCGCGGUCGCGGCGCGGCUGCUAAGUGACAGAGCCCACACAUAAGUACACAACAUAAUUAAUGCAGUUUGGAUUUCAUUCUAUUGUAUGAGCAGGGGAAUUAUACUAUUAUUAUUGUAUUUAGAGGCGUUUGGUUUCUAAAAAUAAUUUUUAGUCUAUUAUUUUAUUUAAUUUUAGUCUCUAAAAUGUUAAAUACGAAAACUAAAAUAAAACUUUACCUUUCAUAUUUAUUAAUUUAGAGAUUAAAAUAAAAUAAAAUAAAGGUACUAUCUCCAGAAACCGAGCAAGGGACUGUCUCUACAAACCGACCAGCCCUUAGAAGUACCAAUUCAUGGGUUGCACACGACUUUUAAAGUGAGCGGGGUCUUUUUUUUGGACGCAUUUUUUGUGUUGACGCCUGGAUGCAUAUAUAUGGGCUCGCCUGAUGUCUUUUUUUUCCUUUUUAUAUAUAGGCCUGAUGUGAUA